AGCUCCCAGGGAAACCUCUGCACGCCCUCCCCAGCUGCUCUCGGUCGCCUCCUCGCCGCCGGCCGCCCAGGGUGCAUCCCGGUUUGCAGGGCUCCACGCGACCCAGAUUCCCGCCCCUCCCCCGCCCCUCCCGCGCCCGCAGCCAGUGCGGCAGCCGCGGCCGCCUCUGUCCAGCUUCCGCGAAGGGACCAGCCGCGGUGGUCACGGUCGCCAGUGCGUAGCCGGAGCGAAGACGGAGAUGGAGACCACACUGGCGCUGUCCCGGAGCUGCUGAGCCCACCGCUGUCCCUGACCCGGUUAAUAAAACAAAAUGGAACAGAAGUCAUAUGCCGCUCUGCGGACAAUCUGGGGCAAGCUCAGCUCUUGAGUUAUUGAGAAUAGCUCAUGCCUGAAACCCACACUUAUUUUGGCAGAAGAAAAUUUGGAAGCAGUCGCUUGAAGACAGUUGGCAUCGUAUCUGGAGAGCAAACAGCAGCACAAUGAAGCACUUCCUGAGGAUGCUGAUCCAGGUGUGCCUGUAUUUCUACUGUAAGUUUUUGUGGCGCUGCAUGAAGUUCGUGAUGCGGAAGCUCACAGGAAGGUGUGAACUGCAAAGGAUUUGCUACAGCACCAAGCCUGGAGCGUCUAGAACCAUGAAAAUUGAAACAUCACUGAAGGAUUCGAAAAGUAAGCUGUUGCAGACCUCAGUGAGCGUUCACCCCGAUGCCAUCGAGAAGACUAUCGACGACAUCAUGGAGCUGAAAAACAUCAACCCUGACAUCAACCCACAGCUGGGAAUCUCUCUCCAGGCUUGCCUUCUGCAAAUUGUGGGUUACAGAAACCUCAUCGCAGACGUGGAAAAGCUACGCAGAGAGCCCUACGAUUCUGACAACCCUCAACACGAAGAGAUGCUUUUGAAGCUGUGGCAGUUCCUGAAGCCCAACACGCCCCUGGAAGCUCGGAUUUCUAAGCAGUGGUGUGAGAUCGGUUUCCAAGGCGAUGAUCCGAAAACGGAUUUUCGAGGAAUGGGUCUCCUGGGACUUUAUAAUUUACAAUAUUUCGCAGAACGGGAUGCCACAGUGGCUCAGCAGGUCCUCUCCGACUCUCUUCAUCCAAAAUGCAGCAAAUUCAGCAAAGCAGAAUGGGAAAAGAAAAGGAUGGAUAAAGCAAUUGGGUACUCCUUUGCAAUUGUGGGUAUCAAUAUCACCGAUCUGGCAUAUAAUCUGCUUGUGAGUGGUGCUCUAAAAACCCAUUUCUACAACAUCGCCCCCGAAGCACCGACGCUGUCUCACUUCCAACAAACGUUCUGCUAUUUGAUGCACGAGUUUCACAAGUUUUGGAUCGAGGAGGAUCCCAUGGACAUAAUGGAAUUUAACCGUGUGCGGGAGAAAUUCCGCAAGAGGAUCAUAAAACAGCUGCAGAACCCAGACAUGGCGCUGUGCCCGCAUUUUGCUGCAUCUGAGGGUUUAAUCAACAUGUAGUGCCCGCGCCGGUUUCAAUGGGUCCCCCAGAACACUGCCUCAUUGUUGUCUUAGGUCUCUGCUUAGGUGACAGCUCACACACCGAAUGCACAUAGCAACUAUACAUAUAUAAAUAUAUGCAUGCCUUUUGGUACAGUAUUUUCAUCUCUUGGUCAUAAUUCCAAGAUCCCCCAAAUACCACUCUUUCUGGGGUAUCUACCCUCCAGGGACUGCUCAUAUUGUGGCAUCCUGCAGUGUUAGCAUCUGUCCUUGACAUCCAGGUAUGGAGAAAGUUUUCUAUUUUUUUAGAUUUGUUCCUCCCCUCAUCGUUCAAUAUUAAAAAUGUGUAAUAAUUCUCUAGCUGUAAUUUGUAUGUAAGAGAUUUAACUGGAUCACAUUCUGUGUUCAUAUUUAUUAAAAAUGCUUCAUGAGGACUGCUGCUAGCUUCUCAAACUGGGUUCACGCUUGGACCCCAUACUGGUAAAGUAUAAGACUUUCAAAUAAUACAGACAGACACAUGAUAAGCCAAACUCUUCCUGCACAUAUAGCUGCACUUCACCAAACUGUAAUGAGGCUAUUAAGAAAUUAGCUUAACUAGGAGUCAGCCUUGUGUGAAAUCCGGCAGACCUGUAGCCUAACUUAACCACAGUUGCGACUGUGCUGUAGCCAUCAGGAUAGAAACUUAUCUUAUUCCCAUCACUUCACGGCUUGGGUGUGUAAAUAGGUAUAUGAUUGUGGAGCCCCAGAAAAGAAGCCAUAUCUUCCCAAGGCUGCAAAGGGUUUCUCACUGCCUGCCUCUUGCUGAACCCAGAGUUAGUCCUUAGCGCUACCCCGAUGCGAGCAUCUUUGCUUAGGGGAUUGAGGUCUGACUGGUUUGUUUUCUAGGUUGAGGGGCAAUAUUUUAACUUUUUUCAGGAAAACGUGUUACAACAAAGGAACCUGAGCAAUGAUUCUAUCAUGCACUAUUUCUUGAAAUUAGCAUCCUUGUAACAGUGGAAGAAGUUGCUUGGGAGAAGAAAAAUGAAACCAUCCUCCAACUGCUAAGAAUCAUCUUCUUCAAAAUGUGAUUUAGUUUGGAAUUAUGAUUGUAGUCUGUUGAAUAGUAUUUACCAUGGUAUUUCAUACCCAUGGUAUUUUAUACUUUGGGACUAUCGAUUUUAGUAUUACUAGAUGUUUGUGUAAUCACUUGCUUAUUUAAAUGAAUUUUGAGUACUGCCUACUGUCAGUAUAUGAAUAAAUUACAUAUCAUUCUA